CAUUACUGAGGAUUUAAGGACUACUGCAUUAUCAUCAAACACAACACUCAUGAAACCAAAGUGGCUGGAUUAACACGCCUCCUGCCUCUCAACAGCUUCCGCCAGCCUCGCCAUCGUGGAUCGUCAGUCUCGUCACUCCAGCGAUGGACUUCAACAGCACCGAAUCCUGGCUCAACACCUCGUUCCUCACAACACCUGUAAUAACCAGUCCCACAAACACAAGCGGCAUGGAGGCCUACCUUCAAAGACUGGCUCAUUUAGAUGAAGGACUCUACAAUGACUUCUACGGUCUCUGGAUUGCACUGAUGGUCACUAAUUCUCUUAUUUUCCUGGUGGGCAUGGUGCUCAACAUAUUUGCUCUUUAUGUUUUCUGCGUCCGCACCAAGCAAAAGACCACCUCGGUGAUCUACACCAUCAACCUGGCGGUGACCGACCUCCUGGUCAAUCUCUCCCUGCCGACUCGCAUCCUGCUCUACUACAGCGGAGGGGCGUGUCUCACCUGCUCCUACCUGCACAUCUUCAGCUACUUCGUCAACAUGUACUGCAGCAUCCUGUUCCUAACCUGCAUAUGCGUCGAUCGCUACCUUGCGAUUGUGCAGGUUGAAGCUUCCCGUCGGUGGAGGAAUUCCAGUGUGGCCAAGUGUGUGUGUAUUUCAGUCUGGCUGUUUGCCAUUGUGGUCACCUACUCCUUUCUCUCCACCGCUUUCCAGCACACGGGCUGCUGCCUCUCAAAGCUCCUCUUUCUCACCAUCACCGAGUUCUUCCUCCCCCUCGUCAUCAUUGUGGUUUUCACGCUGCGCAUCAUGUGGGCCCUGGCUGACCGCCGUCUCAUGCAGCAGAGCAGGGAGAGGAGGCGGAGGGCGGUCCAGCUGCUGACCACAGUUCUGAUCAUCUUCACUGUCUGUUUCACACCCUUCCACGUCCGACAGGUAGUGGUGUAUUUCUACCCUGACAUGCCGCACCAUAUCAUCGUUUACCACCUGACCGUCACUCUCAGCAGUCUGAACAGCUGCAUGGAUCCUGUAGUCUACUGCUUCGUCACUAAUAAUUUCCAGGCCACCAUGAGACACUUUUUCCGCCGUGCAGAGCCAGAGCAGACCAGCGGUGACAUUGUCAGUAUGCAGCACAGCUCCAAGGCCUCGGGAGGGACGCCCAAUGCCAUCGCUAAUAAUGUGAUCACGAUGAGCAAGAUUCCCACUGCGCCGCGAAAAAACAAUCGAGGGAAGAACCACACUAUGUGA